AUGUCAAGAAAACCAAAACCAUCAAUCUCUUUUCCACCUAAUCUUUCAGAAGAAGACGAUUUUUUAAACGAUUCGAUUUCCAUGAAUUUAAAUGAAGAUGAUAGUUUUUUAGGAAAUCCAAUUAUAAACACCCCAAGUAGAUCUCAAAACCCAACCAAAAGACAAAUGAGUGAGAUUUCAAAUCCAAUAGAAUCUAAUAUAAAAAAGAAAAAAGAACCAAAUCAAUCAAAUUCAAAAUUAAAUCAUAAAUGGAAAGAAGAAAAUCAAAGAAAUCAAGAAUUAGAAGAAGAAAGAGAUUUUUUAAAAGGUAUAAAUGAUUUAUUAGAAAUUGCUGCGGAUGAUUUAGAUUCAAUACCUGAAAAGAUUCAAAGAGUUCAACAAGCAAGUGAAACUUCACAUAAUCUACUAGAUCUCUAUUCCAAAAUCUUAUCAAAAACCGAAGAAUUUCGUGAAACUUUAAUAGAUCCAAAUUGGAAAGGAUUAAGCGAGGAUAUCAAAAGAAGAGAUGAAUUAAAAUUAAAAGAAAUUCAAUUAAAACGAGAAAAAGAAAUAGAAAUCGAACGUCAACGUUUAGCUGAAAUUCAAAAACGUCAAGAAGAAGAAGAACAAGAAGCUGAAAGAUCAAGAUCAAGAUCAAAUCAAAAUCAAAUACCUAGAUUCAAUUCCCGUGGUACGACUCGUGGUCGGGUGGCUAGAACUGCUGGUAGAGCUGUCAGAGGAACUAGUAGGAUUGGUAGAAUCAAAAGAUCAUGA